AUGAGAAAUAUAUUCCUAUUUGUAUCCUUUAUAUUGUAUUUUCUUUUAAGUGUGGUUUUAUCUAUAUUAAAAAAUAAAAGAAGUAUCAUAAAAAAGUUUGUAGAAAAUAAUUAUUUUGAAACUACUUAUCAGAGGCAUACACCAGUCAGACUAAAAAGGCCCAAUUUAGUAAACCAUCAAACUAACCAAACUAAGCAAACUAAGCAAAAUAAGCAAAAUAACCAAACGAACCAAACGAACCAAACGAACCAAACGAACCAAACGAACCAAACGAACCAAACGAACCAAACGAACCAAACGAACCAAACUAACCAAAAUAACCAAAAUGGAAAAAACAGUUUGAAUGGAAAUGCCUUUUUUAUUAAUAACAAGAAAAUACAAAAUUACUCAAAAUUUUUUCUCAAAUCAAAAAAAAUAUAUCUUUUAAAUGAGAAAAAUGGAAAAAAGAUCGAACUAGUUUUUAACACUUUGCCAAAUAAAUAUAAUAGUCUAAAAAAAAAUAUUUAUGAAAUUAUAUAUAACAAAAAAAAUUACAUAUAUAAAAAUAAUUUGUCUAUAAAAUAUAACUUUUUUAAAAAACAUAAUGUACUUUUAAAUUUUGAAAUAAUUAAAGAUAUUACAAAAAAAUAUAUUAUAGAAACUUGUAAUUAUUAUAUAGAUUAUUUUAUAGACAUAUAUAAAAUUAAUAAUUUUGAAAAUAUAUAUAAUAAUCAAAUUGUUAAUUUUAUUUAUUCAUAUAAAAAAUAUGCAAACAAAAAAUAUCAAGAAAAAUUUAAUACUUUCCACUAUGCCAAUUCAUUUAUUUUAGUUUAUCCUCCUCCGAAUCUUUCAGGACAGUUACAUGCAGGGCAUUAUCACAAUUUUAUAUAUCAAGAUAUAAUACUUUUAUUUAAUAAGCAUAUACUUUCGAAAUAUGCGAUUCCUAUAUAUGGUGCAGACCAUGGCGGGCUUAGUGCUCAUGAAAUGUUUUGGAAGCUUUUUUUAAAAAGGAAAAAUGUUGAUUACAUAAGCGAGUCGGACUAUAUAAUAGAAAUGAAAAGAUGGCAAAAUGAAAUAAAGGAAGAUAUUCUAAGACGAUUGCAAAGCAUAAAUAUUGUAAUUAAUGAGAACGAAUUUUAUAACACUAUGGAUGAAAAUAUGAAAAAUAUAGUUAGCAAAACAUUUUAUAUCUUAUAUAAAAAUAAACUUAUUUUAAAUAAAAUGUAUCCCGUAUAUUAUUGCAGUGAUUUGAAAACUAUUAUCCCACGACAGGAUAUAGAAUUUUGUGAAAAUACAAAGGAACACAACGAUAAAAAAUAUAUGAUCAAACUUUAUUUACUUAACAAAGAAGACAUAAACAUUGAACCAGACGAAGCAACUGGCGAAGCAACUGGCGAAGCAACUGACGAAGCAAUAGGUAUUCAAUUAGAAAAUAUUUAUAUAAUUCCUAAAACCCGAAAUAUUGUAAAACAUUUAGAAAAUGACCAAAAAUUGAAAUUAAACGAAGACAAUGUUAUUUAUUUGGAAUUAGAUAAUAAAAACGAUAUUCAUAAUUUAACUGCUAUUUUAUUCUAUUCAAUAAAUAAAGACAAAUUUGAAAACAAAUAUGCUUAUAUACCAUCAUAUAAAAAGAUCUUUCCAAUGAUAUAUUCCAAGAAGAGUUACAUCUCUCCAAGCGAAGACUCUGCCUCCCGAAACGGCCAAGAAAAAGAAGGGGAAAAAGAAUGGGAAAAAGAAUGGGAAAAAGAAUGGAAAAAAGUAGGUGAAAAAGUAGAGAAAAACGUAGAGAAAAAAGAGAGGAACAAAAAUAUAUUUGUUCCCGUUUUUUCAUUGGAAAGGGGCGACACUAAACAUGUUGAAAAGAACGAAAUGAGCGGGUGUGCCUACUACAAGGGGCACAAGUGCAAACUAGUACUAUCAGAACAUUGGUAUAUUAAUUAUAAAAAGUUAAGUAAAAUAUUUUGUGAAAAUAAUUUUAACAAAAAUUUUGUAGUAUUGCCUAGAAAAUAUAGAACAUAUUUUUUUGAAAAUAUAAUAAAUAAUGAUUGGAUAUUGAAUAGACAAAUUCCAUAUGGCCACAAAAUUCCGAUAUAUAAAUAUGAGUGUAAUGAAGAUUCCAACAAACAAAAUGUAUCUACUAACAAAUUAGGCGCCAAUGGUGAUGAUGACGAUGUUUGCGACCCCAAUUUUGAGUACUACGUAUAUGGGAAUGAUGUGAAAGAGGCCUAUAAUAAUAUGAUACAAUCUCCCAUUUUUAAAAAUAAAAUUAUAAAAAUAGAAAAAUUAAAGAAAACAGAUGUAUUAGAUAGUUGGUUAUCUUCAGCUUUAUAUUUUAUUCAUUGUUUAGAUCAAAGUAAAAUAGAUAUUUAUAAAUUAUUAAUGGAAAAAAAAUAUUUAGUAGAUUUAAUAUGUACAGGUAAAGAUAUAUUACAUUCAUGGAUUGUUAAAAGUUUUGUUUUAUUUUAUUAUUUAGUAAAAAAUAAUAAUAUUAAAGAUAUUUUAUCAAACAAGUUUAAAAAUAGUUUUAAAGAGAAUGAUUAUAAUUUAGCAAAAAUUAUAAAAUUCCAUGGAUUAUUAAAAGAUAAUGUAGGAAAAAAAAUAAGCAAAACUGAUAAAAAUGUAAAAUAUUAUGAUAAAUAUUUAAAAAAAUUAAAUGUUGAUACGAUACGAUUAUCAUUUUGUUUUAUGCAAAAAGAGGAUACAGAAGAUGUUAUAUUUUCAGAAAAUUAUAUAAAAAAAAGUGAAAAAUUUCUUAGAAAAUUAUGGAAUAUAGCUAAUUUUAUAAAAAUAAAUUGUUCAUAUAAUUUAUAUAACAAAAUAAAAAUUAAAUUUAAAUUAAAUACUAAUGAACAAAUAUACAAUUUUUUAGAAAAAUUAAAUUUUCCAAAAAUAGGUCAUAUAGGAAUAUAUACUUCAUAUUGUGAUACAAUUUAUAUGUCUAUAAAUAAAUUAAAAGCUUAUGAUACAUUUCAAGCUAUUAAUAUAAUUCAUAAUUUUAUUAUGAUAUUUUUUUCAAAGUUUUAUAUUAAUUAUUAUUUAUUUAAUUAUACUAAUGAAUAUAUGAAACAAAUUGGAAAUUUUUUAUUAAUUUAUAUUUUUAAGGGAUUACUUAAAAUAUUAUAUCCUUUUAUUCCACACAUUACUGAAAUUUUAUAUCUUCAAAUUUACAGAAAAGAAAAUAUCGAAUUUUCAAAAAAACAAAUAAAUGAAAAUGUUUUUCAUCCAUUAUCAUCUAAUUAUAAUUUUUUUGAAAAUGAAAAUUUUUUACUAAAAAAAAGGGUAGUAAAUAGUACAGAUUUUGAUGUAUUCACAAAAUUGUUUAAUUAUUUUUGCAACUUGAAAAAAAUAUCGAAAAAAAUGUCGAAAAAAAAUAUAUCAGAGAAAAACAAUUUUCAUAUUUACAUUAAAAAUAACAAUUUAUUGGAAAAUUCUUAUUUUUAUAAAGAAGUUUUAUUUUUCCACAAACUUUUUGAUAUGAAUAUAUUUUUUUAUUCUAGUAAAAAAAGGGCUUUACCAAAAAAUAAUAAUCAAGAUGGAAAAGAAAAACAAACAUUGUUAUAUACCAGCAAAGAUUUUGAUAUCUUACUUGUACCUGAAUUAUGA